UAUGUUAUUCCUCCAUACAAAAUUCUUGAGAAGAACCCCAAUUAACUGUACUAAGAAUAUCAAUCGACUUAGUGUAGUUAAUGCAAGAAGGUUCUCCAGUAGACCAGAGAGUGGCAACCAGAGGUCUGGAAGUAGCGGCCAGGAUGGAACUGGAAAAGCAAGAAGGUUUCAUCCAUUGCUAUACGGAAUCAACUUUCUCCUUCUCGGUUAUCUUUACAAAGACUAUUCUCAGAUUUACAAAAAGUAUGAUAGAAAGAUGGAUAUAACACUCACUGGUGUUUAUAAGAAAGAGUAUACGAUAUUGCAUUCCAAAGAGCCUCUUGGGGAGGAUUUCUUUACUCAUGAAGAGAAGGUACUCCUUAAAGAAGUUUUCCCAUUUAACAAGCAGAUGAUAGAAAAGAAUAUGGUCAACUACCUCAGGUCAAUGUUUGGCCUCAGUAUAUUAGCCAUACUGCUUCAGCUGAAUUAUUUCAGUUACGUUGGCUUCUCUAAAGGUGCUAUGUUUAGCACCUGGAUUGGCUUCUUCUGGGUCUCAAUGUACGGAACCUUUGCACUUGAUGCAAUCAAGAAGCUAAAAGAAAUUGAUGAGCUUUCUCAAAACGUUCCUAAGGAUCUGUAUCACGAGCAGGAUGAUUAAGAUUCAAUUUGGA